UUUGCAGCUGCACCCAAGAACUUUGUGAAACAAGUGGGAGAUGGAGGGAGGCUGGUCCCUGUCCCCAGCCUCAGUGAAGCUGACAAAUACCAACCACUGAGCUUGGUCAUCAAGAAGAAACGCUGUUUCCUUUCCAGAAAGUUCAAGUAUAUCUCAACCCCAUUUACGCUAAAGGAUAUUCUUGAUGGAGACAAGGAAAUUUCAGCAGGCGUAAGUUCUUACCAGCUGCUGAACUAUGAAGAUAAAUCAGAUGUGUCUUUGGACAAAAGACAUGGAAAUCAGAUCAUGAAUGAUGUCGGAAUAAAUAUCUAUGGAUCUGAUUCUCUUGCGGUGAAAGCUUCUUUUGGUGUUGUAACCAAGCAUGAAGUUGAAGUCCCAACAUUACUUAAAGAACUUGUUUCCAGAACUAUUGACUUAGAUCAUUGCUUAGUUCGUCAAGCAAGAGAAAAUGGAAAGGAGGUUUUAUGCGUUGUCAUGGAAAGCAUCCGCACGACACGUCAAUGUUCUCUGACUGUCCAUGCUGGCAUGCGGGGAGAAGCUAUGAGAUUUCAUUUAAUUGAUGACAAAAACCAUAAAGGACGUGACAAAGCUAUUGUAUUUCCAGCCCAUACAACCAUAGCAUUUAGUAUUUUUGAUCUGUACAUUCAUCUGGAUGGCCAUUUUGAGCUAUGUGUAUCAUCUGCAUCAAGAGGUGGAUUUGAGAAGGUACGCACAAGAUCAUUCUCAUUGAAUGCCCUGAGGAACCGUUUAUAUCGAACAGGAAAAAGGACAAUGGACAUCAUGGUUAACUCAGAUUCAUACUACGAUGAUAUAUUUUCUGACUACUAUGACAAGGCUGCCAGCAUGACUGACAUCUCUACCACUUACAUGAGAGAAGGUGCUCACACCCGUGUGAACCUGCUAAACAAUAACAUCCCCAAGGGACCCUGUGCUUUGUGUGGAAUGGGGAACUCCAAAAGAGAGACCGUUUAUGGCUGCUUUGAGUGUUCUUUUAAUGGGCAAAAAUAUGUCAGACUCCAUGCAGUUCCUUGCUUUGAUCUCUGGCAUAAAAGGCUCAAGUGA